UUUGCAGAGCCCGGAGGAGAGGGCAGGGGAAGUGCCUUGUACAAACACGAAGACCCCCACAGGGGCCCUGGGUGACGCUGGCGGAGGCCAGCCAGCCCGGGGAGGACCAGCCUGGGCUCCCCCUGCCAGCCUGGGGAGGACCCGGCUGUGGGCUCCCCUGCCAGCCCGGCAGGACGGGCGUGGGGAAGGAACAGUUAAUGAGAGCGCUCGCUGUGCUGUGCGCGUUACAACAAAGGGCUGGCAGCUCCUGGAGGAAAGGGCUUGGGAGCCGAGCUCAGACUUGUCAGUCAGCGGAGCAGCAGCCGGCGCCGCCCGCCCGCCUGGCGCACCCUCAUUACAUGUGUCUGUCUGGCUGACCGGUGUGUCCAUCUGCUCCCAGACGCCGCUGCCCCGCCGGCGGCCCCGGCUGCUCCCUGGCGGGACUGGGGGUGGAUUUGUCCGGCUCCCGGUCACCCCUGCCCCUCUCCCAGGGAGGCUCCUGACCUAUGGUGGCCGGGGACUUCCUGCAGCGUCGGCCGGGCUGGGACUCCUAGGAUGGACGAGGCGGCGCUGCUGCGGGAGCGGCUGCAGGCCAUCACGGAUAAAAGGAGAAUACAGGAGGAAAUCUCCGAGAAGCGCCUGAAGAUAGAGGAGGAGAAGCUGCAGCACCAGCACCUGAAGAAAAAGGCCCUGCGGGAGAGCUGGCUGCUGGACGGCGUCGGCGGCGGCGGGAAGGAGCAGGAGGAGCUGAAGAGGCAGAACCAGCAGGACCAGCGGCAGAUCCAGGCGCUGGACCAGAGCAUCCUCAGGCUUGAGAAAGAGAUCCAAGACCUGGAAAGGGCGGAGCUGCAGAUCUCGACUCACGAGGAGGCGAUUUUAAAGAAACUGAAAUCCGUGGAGAGGACCACGGAAGACAUAAUAAGGUCUGUGAAGGUGGAAAAGGAAGGAACGCCAGGAGAGUCGAUUGAAGACAUCUAUGCUAAUAUCCCUGACCUUCCAAAAUCCUACGUCCCUUCCCGGUUAAGGAAGGAAAGAAAUGAUGGACUAGAAGACGAUGAGCAAAAUAGAAAAGCGCUGUACGCCAUGGAAAUCAAGGUGGAGAAAGACCUGAAGACGGGCGAGAGCACGGUCCUGUCCUCCAUCCCGCUGCCGUCGGAGGACUUCACGGGCGAGGGGGUGAAAGUGUACGACGACGGGCGCAAGUCGGUGUACGAAGUCAGCUCCGACCACCCGGCCGCGCUCAACGGCACAGACAGCCUGGGGCCCGUGGAGGUGGAGGACCUCCUGAGGCAGGCGUCCGAGAGGAGCUCCCGGUCCCCGACCGAGUACCACGAGCCCGUGUACGCCAACCCCUUCUGCAGGCCCGCCACCCCGCAGAGGGAGAGAGCAGCCCCCGGGCCCCCCCUCCAGGAAAGGAGCCAGAGGCAAGCGAACGGACUGGGAGGCGACAGGAACCACUCCGUCCACCACGUGGACAACGGGCUGUCGGGGGAGAGGGGCGACCGCUGGCAUCCCGACAGCCCCCCUCGGCCGACCCCUCACCCGCGCCGAUGGGUGAUUCCACCAGCAGAGAGGCUGCCGGCUGCUUGGGAAGGAGCCGAUGGGACAGACGGGCCUCCGGGCCAGCAGGCGCCCUCCCCCAAGGCCGGGCCGGGCCCCAGAGGAGGGCUCGCUGGGAGGUCUGAGCACCAGGGCCCUUCUCCCACGUGGCAGGGGGCCGAGGAAGACGUGCGCUACAACAUCAUGCACUCCCUGCCUUCUGACAUGGACGGCGCGGAGCCCGUGACCAUGAUCUUCAUGGGGUACCAGCAGGCAGAAGACGACGCGGAGGAGAGCGGGGUCCUGACGGGCUAUGACGGCGUCAUCCACGCGGAGCUGGUUGUCAUCGAUGAGGAGGAGGGCGAGGGAGAAGCUGGGAAACCUGCCCCCCAGCCCAGGGCGCACGGUCAGGCGCCCCAGCCGGCCAGGCCGACACCUCUCCCCAGGAAGAGAGCGGAGGUCAAGCCCCCGGACCACGCACGCCACCCUUCUCCCCACAGACACUCCAUGUCGCUGAGAGAGCAGGAGGAACGCCUGGGCAGCCCCGUCCGCCCGCCUCCACACGCCGCGCCGACGGCCGGGGACGGCACGGAGGACCCGUCGCUCACAGCUUUAAGGAUAAGAAUGGCAAAGCUGGGGAAAAAGGUUAUCUGAGAGGUGUACCAUCUACAUAAACAUACUCCGGAGAAGAAACUACGAAAUGUUUGCCGCUUUCUCUCCUGGAUACUGUGUUUCUUUCUUUUUCUUUUCGAUCCAAAAAAAAAAAAAUUACGAUUAUAUCCAUAUUAAGCCAUGUGAGUAAGCAGUAGCCAUUAUUUGUAAAAAUAUAUAUAUAUAUAUUGCAAAAAAGCUGGGAGAACGAACACUCAGCUUUUCCAGUUACUUGACAUGAUUCAGUGGGGGUGAAAACCAGAAUAUUUUUAUUGUCUUGAUACCAAAGCAUUUCUAAUAAGAGCUAAUUAAAUUUAAGAAUAAAGUUAUUUAAAAUA